GACUGAGGGGCUAGAAGAGUGAGGUUAGUUCUGUCUAACAGUUGCCUAGGUCUCUUCCUGUGAGGAUUCUUUGAACAAUCUGAAUCCAACUUGAUUUGACAAGUACCUCAGGCCUUUUUGUGGACCUCAGACACACUUGGUGGAUUGUUGUCAAGCCUUCUCACUGUCUAUCUAUUCCACUUUUGGCCUUUCCAUUGACUCCACUGUUCAUACCCAUUGGGGGAAAAAACUGUGAUACACAUUGAACUCUUUGCUCCUCUGUCAAUGGGAUCCCCCCAGCUCUGAAAGAUCCCGUGGAAGUCUUUAAAAAACACUUUGCAAACAAGAAGAAACCUGUGUGGAAAAUAUUUUUCAGUGUUCAGCCCUAAAAGUCCCUGUACUUCGCAAGAGAUAGGAGUUGAAGAUAAAAGAUACUGGUCUUGAAGGUAUCUCCCAGCAUGUUUUAAAGGCCCGAUUGAAAUAUCGUUCGGAUUGGAAAAUUUCCCAUGAAUAUGAAUAAAUUGAAUGAUGAUCACAGAUGAAGUCGUUUGCCGCGUCACAAUCACCCAAUAGCGAGAACAGCAAGUCGUUCUUCAGUCGUGUCAUCCUGUUCGAUCCCUUCACGGCCAAGAGGAACAAGUUGAACGAGAUGUCCGGCGCAGUCCACGCCCAAACCAUGCUAGACCUGGGCCCUUCCAAUAAAGUGGUCUUGAGCUUACCCGCCUCCAACGGGAAUUCGCACAAACGAGAACUGGAGAAGGAAAAGUCCUCCGUGUCUACAGACUCCGGAACUUCCGGAUCCACCAACGCCAAUGCCUCCAACGGAUCCUCCAAGCUUUCCAAGAUUGGAAAACGUUUGCGAGAGAGUUGCCGCAAUCUACGAGGAAAAUCGUCCCCCAAAUACAAUCCGGAUGACUUCUCCACGGUUCCAAAGCAAAAUGAUAGCAACCGAACCCGUCACUACGUGGCCAUGGAUUUCAGUGGGAAAGUGGGUCGGAUCGUGGACCAAAAAGAUGUACGAGGUUACACAACCAAAGACGGAUACGCCUAUUUCCGCCGAAAGGUGUCGCCCAAAGACGUUGAACCUCUUCUCACCAAAAGCCAAGCCUCGAUCCAUUUGGACCAACCCUGGUUUCAUCCCAAUAUGGGACGAGAUCUGGCCCAGCGAAUUCUAACCACUCACAAUAUUGACGGGGCUUUCUUGGUACGUGACAGUAGCGUGUCCGGUGGCUACGUGAUCUCAUAUGUGUCCGGUGGGCGGACUUACCACGCCCAAAUUCUACCCGACACGUCCAGUUCAGACCCCGAGGGUGGCCGGGGCGUUUUCUUCACCCUGGAUGAUGGAAAGACCCGAUUCUACGACCUUUUACAACUCGUCGAAUUCUACGAGCUCAACCGAGGCAGUCUGAACUCGAAGUUGACCUACCGAGUUGUCAAGAAGGAGGUCACCAAGUCAGAAGAGUCUAGCACUGUCAGAUGUGAUGAUUCCUCGUCAGGACAAGUUUCGGAAUCGUCCAUGGAGUCCCAGACUCCCAUCGCAGCUGCCUUUCCCAAAGACGCAGAUGAUGAGGUGGCUGCGGGCAUAGCCCAUACGGUCGCAUCUUUCCCGGAAUCCCAGAGUACCUGUUGCACCAAUAGCAGCAAUCCCACCACCAAAAUGGACACCAAUCACAACAGCCACGAUGCCAAAGCCAAUAGUUGCCCAGGAGACGAGCCACAAGUGGAGACCGUGGUCGAAUCCUUUGCAUUGUCAGUGGAAGAUGCGGCCAUGGCCUCCGAAGGCGAGUCCGAGAGCCUCAAAGAUCCCCAAGAGGGGUGAAAAUAAAAAACGAAAUAAAACCCACACUGGAUUGUCUAGAAGUGAUAUGCUAAAUCCACACUUGAAAAAGCAAACAAACACAAACCCACAACAACAGCAACAACAACAACAA